AUGUCGGGCUCCGUAUCAUGGCAGCGCUACGACAACGAGUUCAACGUCUCUGGCAUUCUUACGGAGGCGGCGCGGGCGUGUGUAUCGACUUACCCAGUCGACGUGAAAGACUUCUUCUUCCGCUACUUCCGUGAGGCGGCCCAGGGGACAUCUGUGAAGGCAAUUUAUCAUAACGAAGUGCUCAGCGCAGCUGGGGAAACAGCCGUUACCUUCACAGUGGAGCUAUGCGCGGGACCUGAGAUUUCUGUAGUCACCGGGGACCUUCUUUCAUGUGUUACUAGCGACAGAGACGGGGAGAACCACGCUUCCUUGGCAGCGGCGGAAGAGUCCACGGGCGACGAGGACAACGGCUACUCUGUGAUUCAAACCACGUGUGCUGCGGUGGUGUCAAAACUGCUUCAGCUUGGUUACGUAGAGCCGCAACGUGAGUGGGACUCAACUCUAGGCGCCGCGCUAUCUGCGUCCCCAGUCGCCAUAGGCGCCUCCUCGAUUCAAUGGGCACUGAGCAUCAUGGCGUCUUUGGUAGCCGCUAAGCAGCGGCGCGUGCCACUGCACCUCUACGUUGCUGCGCUGGUCGACGAUAGCCGCAGUGGCGAACCCAUCGUUGGCGGCGCGCACUUGACCCCCGGGCGAGCUGGUCUAUCAGCAGUUUCAAAGGAGCUAGUUGACUCAAGCGCGUCGUCGAGACAGUACCCUGUACCGCAGUUGUUGGUGACUUUCUUAGUUAGCAGCGCUCAAGGAGACGCGCCGGACGCGGUGACUGGCGUGCGGUUCUCUCACGUGUAUGUUGCUUUGGAUGUGCUGACCGCGUCUGUGGACGGCGCGUACGAGGCUGAGAGGUUGAAACCCGUCAGCGGCACUGUGCUGCGGAGGCGCAUGAGGAGGGUGCGCAAGGCCGCUCAUCUUUUUCUGCAGUCCCAUCCAACCUCUUCGAGCGUUUGUGCGAGCGGGGCACUACACUGGGACGGCGCCGCAAACUUAGCAGACGUGGUAAAAGCGGUGACUGAGGCGCUGUCUGCAGCUCAGCUGAAAGUCGGCACGGAGGUGUGCGUAGGUCUGUCGAUGGACGCGUCCACGACGCGUGUGCCCGAAGUCGCCGCGGCGGAUGGUGGGACAAUCAAGGACACCGCUGGAGACUGCACGGUGCUCUACAACCUCUUCGGAGAUGGCGAGCCGCCGGUGACGGGUGAUCAGGUCAGCGAGUACGUUAAAGAGCAGCUGAGAGCGGUGGAUCCGGACAUUGUGCAGUUUCUUGAGGAUACGCACGCUAUGGAGGACCGUGCCGCUCGCCAGCGACUGCAGAUGGCCCUGCAGGACUCCAUCGUCUUGAGUGACGUGGUCGCUUCAAAGCCAGAGUGGAGGACGGCAACAUCGAGUCCUCCUGACGCGCUACUCGUGCCGCCCUAUGACGGCGCGUUCCCGAACAUUGUGAUCAACCCCUGCGACUAUGGCACCAUAAGCGGUGUUGUCAAGUGCAUGUGUGCUGCUGGGGCAGACUCGCGCCGGGCAGUGACUGUUUUAGUCGACACCGCUGCCGGGGAUGCGCAGACGGCGGCUCACCUCGUUGACGUGGCGAUUGCCUGCGGUGCGUCCUAUGUGCUUGACAGCGCUGGCAUCUUCAGUGCACACGUAGCUGCAGUGGUCAGCCAACUGGCGUCUCGGACGGAUGAGUUGACGCUUAAGAACAUGGCGGCACCGCGGCUGCCUGCACAGCGUUUUAACCGCUGCGACUGGCCGCCCCUGCCCACCGUGGAGGUCGCGCCGAUCCGCCGGAAAGGCGACAAGAGGAAAAAGGACGCUGGCAAGGCGAGCACCAAACGAAAGUGA